AGUCCUCGCGCAUCCGACACUUGCAUCACUGUCUAUCUGUUCAUCAAACAGAACAGAUGUUUUAAAAUCUGAAAUAUAUUUUUUUAGUAUUUGUAUGUUAUUAUAUAUUUUACUUUAUAUUACAGACGUCUUAAAUAGAACAUUUUAUUUUAAAAAAAAAUUAUGAACAAAUUUCUAUGCGCGAAGAACUGAGGAACUAUGAAACGCAUUCAUUUUUCUCGAUACGACGCAAGAUUAGAUAAAAUGCGGUUACUUUGGACAAACUACUUUUGAGGAACAGAAAACACAUUUGGACCACAAAAACUUCAGGGUGAACAUUCACGGGUCGAGAAUGAACCCGGUUAAUUUCAGUAAGUUUAACAGAUCCAUCUCUGGAAACGCUGUGUAUCCGUUUGCGCUGUACGAGUCGCCUCUGUAUAAGGAUUAUAAACCUCCAGCCAGAGAUCUCAUACAGAUCCCCAGAACCGCGCUUUACCUCAUGAUGGCGUGCGUGGUGGUGAUCGCCGUCGCUUAUGCCAUUGUGGGACAUUUAAUCAAAGACCUCGCUCACGACAUCUUGGAUUGGGCUUUAGGUCCAGAUGAGGAGAGCAUAAAGGCCAGCAGUGAGGCAGGUGAGGACACCUCCACUCACACGCCAUCGGGUCUUACACGCUCCAACGCCUUUCACGUGUGGGACCAGGAUGACGUUGUUAUACCCCUCCAUCCGGAGCACAGUCCCCAGACCAGCCCUCUUCUGGGUGUCAUUCCCUUUAUACCACAUUUCUUCCCAUCACCCACGUCUCACAGCGUGAUCAACAGCCCGGCACCCAACCUCGAAACCAAGAGCCCCAACAAGACAUCGCAAGAGGCCUACGUCUUUCCCUCCCCUAAAAUCACAGGACAACACUGUACUGUCUCAAAUGUGUCAUUCCCUGACAGGAAAGAUGGAAGUGAUAAAGUCUGACUCUUUCAACUGUUACUUAAAUUGAUGUCAUAUCACACAAGUUGGCCCACCAAAUGUGAGGGACACAAAAGAGUAUUUUCAUGCAGUUCUUUUCCAUACAGUGAUGAUGCAUCAUAAUGAACAUGUUUGGAAAUAUUGAAACAGGACAAAAUAACAUGAAAUUGACUAUAUUUUGACAAAAUGUGUCACCAGCUCUCUUUGAAUGUACAAACGCUGGGCCACUUCCUAUAUAGCAUGUGAGAAUAAAUGACAAAACCUCAUAAUACGUUCUGACCCAACAUGACCUCAAUAAGUAGAGAGAUCAUGUCAGUUCAAGCCUCAUUACCUGGGCGUGUUUGCCAGGGAAUAUAGGGACAGGAUGAGAGACCGCAUGAUCACGGCUGUAGGAUUGUGCCAAACCAGGUGCUUUCAAGUUCUUUUUUUAAAGCCAAAAUAUCAUCAGAAUAUCUCUGAUCAGUCUUUCUUGCUGGAUUUUUUUGAAGAACCAAAAAUGGUUCUUCUAUGGCAUCACUGUGAAGAACUUUUACUUUUCCUCUGAUGCAUAUAUUUUUGUGCAUUUAAACUGUGUGAUAUAUUUAGCAUGCUUGCAUACUUCACUCUUUAUCUGCAUGUUGCGCCCCCGUAUUGCUUAAGGUCUACUGUAUGUGAUACUAAGUAUUGCCAUCAUUAAAGGAUGAGCUUACUGUAAGUCGACCAGCUGGUCAGGUGCAGGUGUUAAAGUGUUAAGUAAGGAUAUCAUUAGAUUAAAUGUCUCUUCAUGCCCUGUGACUGAGGACAAAUUUAAACCGGAGGGGGAAGUAUAGUAUUAUUGUACAGUUUAUACAGUUUAUAUAUGUGACCCAAUCAUUUUUUUUAUUGCUGUUUUCUAUCUAAAAUCAUCCUAAUGAACAUUCUGUUAUAAUAUAACCUUGAUAUCUUGAAUAUUGACUGAAAUCAAUGAUUCAAAAAAUCAAACUUAGAUGCUCCCAAUUUCAUCAUUACAUUAUAGACUUUAGCCUGGAUUUCACAGAUAGACUUACAUUUAGUGCUUUUUGUAUCUGUGGUAUAGGAUACGUUCUAGUAGUGUUAAAAGGAAUAGUUUAUCCAAAAAAUGAAUUUUUGGUGUCAGUUUACUCACCCUCAGGCCUUUUUUGCUGAAAGUGUCACCAUUUGUUGAAUAGAGCGUAUAGAGAGUAAAAUAACAGCAAAUGCCCCUUCAAAGUCUGUGAAAAGUGAUAUCAGAGAAUUGUUUCUAAAAACAUUAUAUAUUUUAGAAAUGUACCUUUUUUACAUUUCUGUGUUUAGGGUUAUUUUGGCGGGGCAAAAACGGUGGCUUGAUAAUGCAUUGAAGCCAGCGAUCAUGGCCCCGCCCCUAACACGAUCGCAAGCAUCCAUUCAGGUUGUAGCGGACGUUUUUUUUAUUGAACAUUUAAAAUUCAGACUUAUACAAAAGGACAAGUCCACAUAUCGUCACAUAUUUUCACAGACUGUACAUAAAUUAAAAGGCAUCACAAACGUAUAUUAAAUUCAUAUAAGGUUGUAGCGGAAGUUGAUAGCUUUCCCGCGAGUGGGCGUGGUUUAGGCGACGACAGCGGACACGCCCCCAGCGCUGUUUUUUCAAGAUUUUGAACUUGUUAUUUGUCAUUUUUUUUAUUACAU